UCUCUCUCUCUCUUCGAACGGCGGCGGCCGCUCUCUGUGUACGGUUUCUGUUAUGGCGUGGUAGGGACUGUUGUUGGCCUGGAACGGAGCACCGACGGUAGCAGACGAACGAAUCUCGGUUUGAGUCCGGUUUGGUUUUGAUUUCUUCUUCGUCAGUGGAGUUCUGUUUUCAAUUUGGAGAAUUCGUAAAGCCGGAGAAAAAGUAAAAAGAGAUCGCGGGGGUGAAGGCGGAAGAAGAAAGAAGAUGAAUCUGAGGAACGUGGUGAUAGGGAUGCUCUUCAUCACUGUGAUUGCUCCCAUUGCUCUUUACACCGACAGAUUCGCCGCCUUCGCUCCCUCUUCCUCUCGAAUCGAUUUCUUUGAAGACGUCACUUCCUUCACUGUUCCUGCUGAUUCCGGCCGUCUCAACGUGUUGCCUCAGGAAUCGUCCACUGUCUUCAAGGAGCCGAUUGGGGUUGUUUACACCACCAACUCCACCCAAGAAGAGGUGGUGGCGUCUUCUGAUGAUGGGAUUAUUCAAGAUUCAAUUGCAGCAGCAGCAGAUUCGCAAUCUCAAGCUGUGAGAGAGCACAAAUCUAGAGUUUUGUCGGCGACUGAGGAACGAGUGCAAUCUCAAACGGAUGCUGUCAUCAGACGGGUCACUGAUAGUGUCAGUGCUCAGCAGGAAUCGAGGAGUGAUGGCACGGAUGCUGCCUCCAACUCCAUGGACCCAAAAUCCUUGGCUUCCAACAUUGUUACCCAACUUGCAUCUCAAGAUCCGUUUGAGCGAAAACCAGGUGCGAAGCCCUACAAAGCUAGCGGAAAGGAUCACCCGAAAGCUAAAGUGGGUAAACAGACAGAUCAAAAUGCUAUGUCAGAUAUUCGAGUACGUCAACUAAGAGACCAGCUGAUUAGGGCAAAGGUAUACCUGUCACUUCCUGCAACAAAGAAUAAUCAACACUAUACGAGAGAGCUCAGAUUGCGGAUCAAGGAAGUUGCACGUGUCCUUGGCGAAGCAACUAGAGACUCAGAGCUGCCCAAGAAUGCCAAUGAGAAGUUGAGGGCAAUGGAACAGUCCCUAACAAAAGGCAAGCAGAUACAAGAUGACUGUGCUAUGUGGGUGAAAAAGCUUCGUGCUAUGCUGCAUUCCACGGAGGAGCAGCUCCGUGUGCAUAAAAAGCAGACCAUGUUCUUGACUCAAUUAACUGCCAAAACCCUCCCCAAGGGUCUUCACUGUCUUCCUUUGCGCCUGACAACCGAGUAUUAUUUGUUGAAUACUUCUCAGCAACAGUUUCCAAAUCUGGAGAAAUUGGAAGAUCCUCUGCUAUAUCAUUAUGCUUUAUUCUCAGAUAAUGUUUUAGCAGCUGCAGUUGUGCUGAACUCUACUAUUACACAUGCUAAGGAGCCUUCAAAGCAUGUUUUCCACAUUGUUACGGAUAGGCUCAAUUAUGCAGCAAUGAGGAUGUGGUUUCUAGUGAAUCCACCCGGCAAGGCAACUGUUCAAGUUCAGAAUAUCGAGGAGUUCACAUGGUUAAAUGCAAGUUACAGUCCUGUUCUGAAGCAGUUGGGAUCUCCAUCUAUGAUAGAUUACUACUUUAGGUCACAUCGUACUAGUUCGGAUUCAAAUUUGAAGUAUCGGAAUCCAAAGUACUUGUCCAUUUUGAACCAUCUCCGGUUUUACCUGCCAGAGAUAUUCCCAAAGUUAAACAAGGUGCUGUUUGUUGAUGAUGAUAUAGUAGUACAGAAGGAUCUCGCUGCCCUUUGGUUCCUUGAUUUGAAAGGUAAUGUGAAUGGUGCAGUGGAGACUUGUGGAGAGAGCUUCCAUCGUUUUGAUCGGUAUCUCAACUUCUCCAAUCCUCUGAUCUCUAAGACUUUUGAUCCGCAUGCCUGUGGAUGGGCAUACGGGAUGAAUAUCUUUGAUUUGGAUCAGUGGAGAAGGCAAAACAUCACUGAAGUGUAUCACAAGUGGCAGAAGCUGAAUCACGACAGAACGUUGUGGAAGUUGGGAACACUGCCGCCAGGUUUGAUUACGUUCUGGAAACAAACCUACUCAUUGGAGCGAUCAUGGCAUGUGCUGGGGCUGGGGUACAACCCAAGCGUGAACCAGAAGGAGAUAGAGAGGGCAGCAGUGAUACACUACAAUGGUAACAUGAAGCCAUGGCUGGAGAUAGGAUUGCCCAAGUACAGGGGGUAUUGGGCCAAGUAUGUGGACUACGAGCACCCGUAUUUGAGGGAGUGCAACAUCAACCCUUGAACACAGAUAGGCAAGGCGCUAAAAUGGUUUGGUCUGUAGGGAGGAGGAGUUGAGAGAGUGAGUAGCACCUAUUCUUUGUCUUGUACGCAGUUUGUGUGUAUUCCUUACCUUUUUCUUGUUCUUUGGAGGGUAUAUGUUUUAAUUUUUGGUUUCCCACUCCUUAUCAUUUUCUAAGUAGAUUGAGCACACAGCAGAGAGCACGCAAUGUAAAAAGUGUGAUGAAAUUUUUUGGAGUAGGAUGGGGAAAGAGUAUUAGUAGAUUGGGUAUUUUGUAAAUUGGAAGAAGAUUUAUGGUUGGUUGGGAAGAAAGGAAAGGUUUCUUCCUUUCACGAAUUACCUUGUCUAGGCCACGUUACAAGCUUUUUUUAUGCUAAUAUGCGUUCCUAUAUACAUUAUGAAUUUUACCUCGAGUUAGGUUACUAUGAA